AUGUCUUUCUCAUCAUUUGUUCGUUCAGGAGUUUCCAAACUCAGUGACAUGGACAUACCGUCUUGGUACUGCUUCAUUUUGGGCUGUAUAUUCGCCAUCUGGCUCUUGCUUCGUGCCGUCUAUCGCGCGUUCACCUCCGAGUGGCUGUCGACUUCCUCCUUCUUCUUGAAACAUGUUGCAUAUCCACAUUUCUUCCCAAGGAUUCCCUUCUUAGGGACGGCAACACGUCUCGAGGUUCUGCUCGCAUCUGCGUACCUUGUUGCCAAUAUCGUCCUCGUUACAGUCGUUGGGGUGGAUUCAAGGUCGGAUAUAGGCACCCGUGCUGCUAUCAUGUCGACUAUUAACCUCAUUCCGCUCCUGUGCGGUCCUCGUUUGAGCCUCAUAACAGAGAUGCUCGGGAUUACGCUACGGGCCAGCAUUGGAAGCCACCAAUGGUUGGGCCGGACGGCGGUCGCAGAGGUCUUGUUGCACACCAUCAUAUCACUGACUGGCAGUCACUCGUUCGAAUGGACAGGGAUCAAUGCCUCUGGAGUUGUGGCGAGCUCUGCCCUUGGGCUACUUCUCCUUUUCUCAUUUCGUGUCGGGCGAAGGCUUUUCUACGAAUGGUUUCUUAAUCUGCACCUGUUUCUCACAGUCACAGCUCUGAUCGCCAUCGGGCGUCACGUAUUCUCGAAAAAACCUGCAGAGAUAUUUCUACAGAUUGGUAUAUGUUUCUGGGUUGGGAUGACGACACUCCACUGGCUUCUGUUCGCAUUCAGAAACUUUGCCAUAGGCAGACCGUUUGCUAAAGCGGUAGCAACUCGCCUCUCGAUUCCCUACCCCUCAGAUAGGUCCCUUACAGGGCCAUCGAACGUAUUACAGGUCGAUAUCACCGUGCCCAGAAAGUGGAAGGUCAGGGCUGGUCAGUAUGUCUUCGUUUCAAUACCGAAACUUGGCAUCUUGGUCGGACUACGAGGACACCCUUUUAUGAUUUCGUGGUGGGACUGGAGCCAGAAAGGGUUGACAAUCUCCCUCUUGGUCAAGUCUAGGACAGGGUUUACUGGGCAGUUGGAUAGGUACACAAACACAGAGCUCCUUGCAUUCAUCGAUGGACCAUACGGAAUACAGCAUAAAUUUGGAGAAUACGGAACAGUGAUCAUGUUUGCCACUGGGAUCGGCAUAGCUGGCCAUAUUCCAUAUAUCAAGGACCUCAUUAGCGGAUACAACAAUUGCCAAGUACGGACGCGCCGGAUUCUCCUCGUCUGGCAGAUAAACAAUGAGAGCCAAGAGCAGUGGGUCAAGAGCUGGAUGGAUGAUCUCCUCGAUAGUGAUACUGGAUAUAUACUCGAGGUCCGCCUCCAUGUCCUGGAUCACGGUGGAAAGAAAGAUUUGGAAUACGGAAAUCACUCUAAGAUCAAGAAAAUAUUCAACCCGCCGAAUAUUGUGGAAGUGCUCCAGACCGAGUUCGCAUCCCACCGAGGCAAGGUGAUGGUCUCCCAAUGUGCCGAUCGAGUCAUGGCGGACAAAGUCCGUAGAGAGGUCCAGCGGAGAAUGAACAAGAGGGUUCACCUGGUCGAGCUAGACUUCCAGCCAUCCUUGCGAGAGACGGGGUGGCCGUCGACUAGUGACAUGGAAUUCAAGUGCAAGGGGUAG